GCGGAAAUUGAAUGCACGUGUAUGCGUAUGACUUGAAGGUUACGCAGAGCCUCACCGGCAAGGAAGUUUGUUAGUGUGUGUCAGAUAGAACAGAUAACCACGACUGUGUAGUUGCGGUUCGAACGAGUUUGGACAACACUGCAAGGCAGUCAUGGACCCCAUGAAGGCGCAGCAACUGGCGGCGGAGCUGGAGGUGGAGAUGAUGGCUGACAUGUACAACCGAAUGACCAACGCCUGCCACAGAAAGUGCGUGCCCCCACAUUACAAAGAGGCGGAGCUGACAAAAGGCGAGUCUGUGUGCCUGGACCGCUGCGUGGCCAAGUACUUGGACCUCCACGAGAGGCUGGGACGCAAGCUAACAGAGCUCUCGGUCCAAGAUGAGGACAUGAUGAGGAAAGCAGCGGUUGGCAGCGGAUAGCAACACUGACAACGGGAGAAAACGCUGAAGACUAAGACAAGAUAAUGGAAGCGGAAUUAGUGUGUGUGGAUUCUUAUUUGGGUUAUGUCUGUGAUCAAAUGCAUCAGAAUUUAAGUUCGUUUGGGUCCAGGGAAGAAACUGGUGGCCGCUUUCAGGGGUUGUGUACAGUACUUUAGGGUCGGAGCACUUUGUGCACCUUCAAUUUGAGAACACCUUAAAAUCCUUCAGAAACAGGCUUAACAGCCUCUCUGGAUGUGGAAUCAACAGGCCCAGUGGUUCAGUGAAUGAAUUUAUGGGAUGUUUGGAUUUUAUUAUUGUAAUAUUUUAUUUGGCUCAGUCAUACAUCGACUAUACUGCAUUUAUUUCUCAAAUACAGUAUGUUACAAACGGCUCUCUAUAUAGUUCAGGGCCUACUGUUAUUCGAACCUCCGGUGGCAAGCUGGACAACUCUCACCGUUCACCAUCCAGACCGUUUUCUGGUUCAUCUUAAGAAGUUUAACACAUUAUGUAAUGGCACCCCCCUCACGAGGAACUUUGCCUGCCGAUCAGACCUCAAAGGACAACUUCCCCUCAUGCUGUCGUUCUCUGUCAAGCCGUGCUGCUAUCAGCCGGUGGCCAACGCUGGCUUGUCCUCUACUAACUUCAUAUCCUCAACAUUUCAACCAUGUGUCAUUCAGCCUCCAUUGGGUCCCUUGAAAGGCUCAUUACAAAUAUUUGCUAUUUCGUUUGAACUCAAGUCAGAGCACUGCAAUCAUGUGCAUCCAAUGUGAAACAUUUGAUAUUUGAAAGCAAAAAGAAUAUUUAGAAUGUGCUUGGUGGUUGAGGUGUUCAUGUCUGUGACAAAAGGACCCCCUAUUAGCCCUACACGAAACGCACUGAAACUACCCUGUUGGGAUAUUGUCACAUGGACUUUACUCUGUCCUUCUUGUGCAGGUUGUUGUCCUUCUGUGCACCAUGUGUGUGUGUUUUUUUUUUUUUUUUUAUUAAAAUGUGUGUUGUCUUUUCCCAGUCUGUCAGACUUUCCAAUUGCAUAUCAGCGCAGCAGAGAUGUUUAUCUUCUUAACGUAAAUAAAGCAAUCUUAUCAUUUGA